CGAUAAAAUACAUGAACAAUAAUAUUACUGAAAUACUUAGUUUAAAACAACACAGAAUUGUUUUUGGUUCCCUUCACUCCUUUAAUUGACUUGUAAGUUUUAGGAAUAAAAGACCCUCUUUAUUAUGAGAUAUCUAUUUCAAAAAAUGGUGUGAAUAAAUGUGAAGAAGUGCUCGUUUCAAUCACUUUAUAAACGAAAUAUUUCUCUAUGUUAGUUUUGUUUGUUUCAUCAGCGCCAACCUGAUAAAAUCUAUAUGAAGUAAAAUCAAUUAUAACAUCGCCUUUAAUGAGCACAUGCUUUUAUAUUAAUUUCACUGAUAUCAUUGAUUUAACACUAGAUAUUAUCAUCAUUAUAAUGUAAUAUUAUUAUAACUUUUGUUGUAUAAAUGCUCACUGUCACAUAAGCCUUUAACUGCUAUAUUGUAUUUCCCAUUGAUCGGUUACUAUGGAGACAAAGUUUGAUGACAAUGGAGGCGAGUAGUUUGUAGGUUUAUCCGUUAUAGGAAACCUGUUGGUGAGAGCUGGUAUAAAUAAAUCGAAAGCGGGAUUACAAAUAGAAAAUGUGUAUUAUUGUGACAGAAGAUGAAAACAACAUGAACGUUGGGUGACAACUUUUUUUUCUAUAAAGCAAUGGGGCGAGGUCAAUAGCACAAAAAUGGGAUGUUCACCAUCAAGGAAACGUAUUUACGGAUUUGGGACAAAAAGACUACGGGCUGCACUUUUGAUACAAAAAUGGUAUAGACGGUACAGAGCGCAUUUAGAAGUUCGCAGACGCUGCACGUGGAAUAUAUUCCAAUCCAUUGAAUAUGCCGGAGAGCAAGACCAACUAAAGCUUCAUAACUUCUUUAACAAAAUGCUGCUAAAUAUGUCAACAGACGACGGACAAGCGCCUCUAAUAAGUGCACUUAAUGUCAACAAAGAAGCAUCCAUAUAUGAUACACAGACAGUAUCAGACAAUAAUAGUGAAAUUUUUGACAAGUAUCUAGAUGGUAUCAAAGUGGAGAACAGUUACAAAGGAAUCCAUCUGAAAUUUCCUCUCACACUGAACCAGCUUCAUAAAAUGGUGCAAGCGUUCAAACGAAAUCUGACGCUGCACGCAAAGUACACCAUCCAGUUGUUGUUGGAAACAAGAAAGAUUCUAAAGACACAGGCAAACAUCCGCUACGCAACAACAUCCCUUUCUAAACAGAUAACAGUGUGUGGGGAUAUACAUGGCAAACUUAGUGAUUUAUAUAUGGUCUUUCAUAAAAACGGGCUACCAGCUGUGAAUAAUCCCUAUAUAUUUAAUGGCGACUUCGUGGACCGGGGACAUUUCUCUACUGAGGUCGCUCUUGUGAUAUUUUCGUGCUUUAUCAUGAAUCCUAAUGAAGUGUACAUCAAUAGAGGAAAUCAUGAAGACCAUGUUAUGAACUUAAGGUAUGGCUUUGUCAAAGAAAUAGAGAAGAAAUAUAGGCAGCACUCGAAGAAGAUAAUUCAUUUAUUCAGGGACGUGUUCAGUUGGUUACCACUAGCAACCAUGGUUGACGAACAGAUACUGGUGUGUCAUGGCGGUAUAUCAGACAGUACUGAUCUUCAACGUUUGUCAACCAUUGAUAGACAUAGGUAUUUAUCAACUCUACAACCUCCUGGUGGCUGUGAUGAUAUAAGUACAAUGUCUCAAGACGAUCUUAUAGAAUGGAAACAGAUACUCGAUCUGCUUUGGAGCGAUCCAAAACCAAAUGAUGGCUGCCAGCCUAAUACAUUCAGAGGUGGGGGAGUUUACUUUGGGCCCGAUGUUUCCGCUCGAUUUCUGGAGGAAAACAAACUAAAAUUGCUCAUACGAUCUCAUGAAUGCAAACCAGAGGGGUUCGAAUAUACUCAUGAUGGUAAAGUACUUACCAUAUUUUCUGCCUCAAAUUAUUACGAGACUGGCAGUAACCUUGGGGCAUUUGUCCGGAUACAAGGACAGAGCAUGGAGUGUCAAAUAAUACAGUUUACCUCAAGUCAUAGUCCGGUUCUCAGAAAGAUAUCUUUCACACAAAGGAUAAAUCUGGUAGAAAAGUCUGCUCUAAGUGAUUUGAGGGAUCGUCUACUUGCUUCGAAGUCAGAAUUAUUGAACGAAUUCAGCAAAUAUGAUCCGGAUAAAACCGGUAAAAUCAACUGUGCAGACUGGAGCUUUGCUAUGGAAACGGUUCUUGAAAUGGAGUUGCCAUGGAGAACAUUAAGAUCGAAAUUAGCAGAAACUGACGAAGAAGGCAAUGUUUUGUAUGAAACUUCAUUCGAAACUCUGCAAGUAAAACACCGAUAUAGCGGGAAUGGACCAAGUAUUACAGAGACACUAUACAGACAUAAAGACAGUCUGGAGACAAUUUUCCGUAUGAUUGAUACGGAUCAUUCUGGACAAAUAUCAAUGCCAGAGUUCGAAGAUGCGCUCAGUAUUCUAAUCAAGCAGCUUGACCUUGCGAUACAGGAACGUGACAUACGGGAUAUAGCCGAGAGUAUUGACAUGAACAAAGAUGGCUGCAUUGACUUUAACGAAUUUCUUGAAGCUUUCAGGAUCGUGGAUAGUAUGGGCAAGGAUAAAACAAAAACCUUGAAAACUGAACACAAUGCAGAAAUUUCGGAGUUACCGGCAAUAAGUGAAAAUUUAAAAACAUAGUCUCUAAGUGCUGAGAAAUGAGUAGAGCACAAUUGUCAAAGAGCAAAAAGUACAUUAGUGAUUAAACAAAUAACUAUUGGAUAAUAGUUCAGUCAUAUGAUAAAGUGCUAGUGAUUGGUAGAUAGGUGUUCCCCGGAUCGUUUACAAUUUCUGUAUUAUGUAAAUAAAUAAUACUUUCACAUAAAAACGUGUUAGAAUUAGAUCAAUGGUGAUACAAGUAUUAAAUGUGUAAUACUUAUAAUGAACAAUAGCAACUGUAGAUCCGUUCACAACAAACAAAUUGUUCGUAUAGGGAUGCACUUAUCCAAUAUACAUAAUAAAUUAAUUACAGUUUAUAUUUUGUAUAUACAACAUAAGAGUAUAACAAAUGUCUAAAAUAUAUUUUGUUCAUUACAAGAAAGGUGUUCUUUGUUUGGAUUUCGUGAUAAUUCCGUUGUAUUACA